AUGAAGUUCUCCUCUUUCCUCUUCGCAGCCUCGCUGGUCGCGGCCGCCCCCGCCAACAUCGAGCCCCGUCAGUCCCCGAACAGCAUCAACAAGCUCAUCAUCAACAAGGGCAAAAAGUACUACGGCACCAUCACCGAUCCCAACCUUCUCAGUAACCAGAAGAACAAUGCCGUCAUCAAGGCAAACUUUGGCCAGGUUACCGCUGAGAACAGCAUGAAAUGGGAUGCCACCGAACCCCAGCGUGGCCAGUUCAACUUUGCUGGCGCCGACCAGGUUGUCAACUUUGCCCAGCAGAACGGCCUCAAAGUCCGAGGCCAUACCCUUCUUUGGCACUCUCAGCUGCCUCAGUGGGUUCAGAACAUCAACGACCGCAACACCCUGACUCAGGUCAUUGAGAACCACAUCAAGACGGUUGCUGGCCGCUACAAGGGCAAGAUCUACGCCUGGGAUGUCGUCAACGAAAUCUUCGAAUGGGACGGUCGUCUCCGUGACUCGGUCUUCUCCCGCGUUCUCGGCGAGGACUUUGUUGGCAUUGCCUUCAGGGCCGCCAGGGCUGCUGAUCCCAACGCCAAGCUGUACAUCAACGACUUCAGCCUCGACUCGGCCAACGCUGCCAAGGUCACCACUGGCAUGGUCGCUCACGUCAAGAAGUGGCGCGCCGCCGGUAUCCCUAUCGAUGGCAUCGGCUCCCAGACUCACCUUGACCCAGGUGCCGCUUCCAACAUCCAGGGCGCUCUCCAGGCUCUUGCCGGCUCUGGUGUCUCUGAGGUUGCCAUCACCGAGCUUGACAUCGCCAGCGCCCCUGCCAACGACUACGCCACAGUCACCAAGGCCUGUCUCAACGUCCCCAAGUGCGUCGGCAUCACCGUCUGGGGUGUUCGUGACCAGGACUCGUGGCGCACCGGCAAGAACCCUCUCCUCUUCGACAACAACUACUCGCCCAAGCCUGCCUACGACGCUGUUGUUCAGGCCCUCAGGUAA